AUGGGGGAAUUGGACCUUUCAUAUGGCAAGGCGUUUGAAUUUUUCACCAAAUUGCUCAAAGAUCCCGUAGUCCGCGACCAACUUCGCGGUGAAUACUCAAGAGACCCUGAUCCCCACGGUGAACUAAGCCCCGUCAAGAUUCAGGCCCGCCUUAACGAAGUGCAACAGGAGCUCAAGCAGGCACGGGAGGAGAUCGAGCGUCGUGACGCCAACCUCAAAAGGUUGAUCGGUGAUCUCCAAGAAACCAAGGAGAAGUUGCAGGAAUCCAGAAGGGAGCUAGCGCAUUAUACCAGACGACAUGUAGAGGUCGCACCUGCAGGCUCUAGCAACCCCGCCGCUGAACGCUCCUCACGACCGUUUUACGUGGGUAGCAAGCGCUCUCUGGCUAUCUAUCGGAAACGGGACAGCGUACCGUCACCUUCAGGCAUGGCUUCCCGCGGAAACGAGAAAUAA